AUGUCUCAGCUUUUUUCAGGACUCUCACAGGAUUUUUCACGGUUACUCAAAGAUGCAGAUGAUUAUAAUGUUAUCAUUGAAGUUGGAGAAGGUUCAAAUAUGAAGAAAUUUCAUGCACAUUCAGUUAUACUUCGUGCACGCUCUCCAUAUUUUCAUAGCGCCUUAUCUAGUGAAUGGUCACGGAAAGAGAAUGGAUGUAUCGUUUUUAAACAACUUGGAGUGUUACCAUCAAUAUUUAGAAUUUUAAUAAAGUAUAUAUACAGUGGAACGAUAAUAUUAGAUGAGCACCAAGGAAAUGAUCUUUUUGAAAUAUUAGCAGCAGCUGACCAAUUUCUUCUUUAUGAAUUAUUAGAAUAUUUGCAAGAUUAUAUUAUUCAAAAUAGAACUGAUUGGAUAAAAAGAAAUCUUGUAAAAAUUUUACAUUCUGCUGUGAAGCAAAAAUCAUAUCAAAAACUUCAAAACUUUUGUAACAAAUUAAUUACAGAAAAUGCUCGAAUAUUAUUUGAAGCAAAAGAUUUUAAUUCUGUGAGUGAAAAUGUUCUUGUUUCUGUACUUCAGCGAGAUGAUCUUGGUUUACAAGAAGUUGAAAUAUGGAAUAAAGUUAUUCAAUGGGGUAUUGCCAACACUUCAAACCUUAAAGGUAAUGUUACUAGCUGGAAUAAAGAAGAUUUUAUGUUUUUGGAAAGGACUAUGCAUAGAGUAAUUCCGCUUUUGAGACUUUUUCAGAUGAGCCCUGCUGAUUAUUGUCAUAAGGUUAGACCAUACAAGCAAUUAUUUCCAAAAAACUUACAAGAAGAUCUUUUGUGUUACUACCUUGCCAAUGAUCAACCAAAGUCCGCUAAUAUUCUUCCUCCAAGAGUGUCACCUAUCAAAAUUGAUUCAACUAUUAUUGGACCACAACAUACAGCACUUAUUGCAAGAUGGUUAGAUAAUGAACCUACUAUUAGACAUGGAAUUCAAUAUAAUUUUACACUUCUCUUUCGAGCAAGUCGUGAUGGUUAUUCUAUUAACGCGUUGAAACAACAAUGUGCUUGCAAAGGACCAACAAUUUUAGUUUUGAAACUCCGUGACUCUGGACAAUUAAUAGGAGGAUAUAAUCCGAUUGGAUGGAAAAGUGUAAAAUUUGGUCGAGGACGAGGUACAAAAGAAAGUUUUAUUUUUACACUUGGGGAUGGGACUUCACCUUAUGAUGCACGAAUCUCUCGGAUAGCUUAUGAUAAUUGUGAUACGGAAAUUGACGAUUUAAUAUGGAUCGGCCCAAAGUUUGGCAAAGGUCCGGAUCUAUGGGUCCGGAUGAAUGCAGAUCAAAGUGGAGAAGCACGAAAGGGUACUUAUGAAAGCAGUAUUUUGGAGACUGAGGGAAGAUUUAGAUGGAUAGAGUGUGAAAUAUUUUCUUUAAUGAAGAAAUAA